AUUCAAUUCAACCCAACUGUGUAAAUUAAGCAUUACAUCAUGCCUCGCGAACAUCUUCAAUCAACAAAGGUGGCUUUGAUCCUCUGCUCAUGCUUCUUUGCUUAUGGUACUUUCUGGUCUGACUGGGCCUUUGAUUACUAUAUUCUCUGGGCAAACACCGCAGAACAUCCUGAAGCCAUUCCUCGUGCAGUGCUUUAUUACACCACCCAUGCCCAAGCACCUGACAUCCUCAAGUAUAUUCCUUUUGUCAACUUGCUCAUCGCUGCUUUCGGUUUCGCUGCUGGCUUGGCCAACAUGACUGAUGGCAAUAUUCUUUUUGAUGGAGCUUCUUUGGUCUUGUUGUUGUUUGGAUUAUCCACUUAUGCUACCUCUGUCAAGCCUGCAUUGAAGGUCAUUACAACCUCUUUGGAUCAGGAUGAGCUUAGAACAUCUCUGAACAACAUUGCUGCUGCCCAUUUUAUCAUUGUACUUGCCAUCACAGGUAUUGUUGGUCUUCAGGUCGCUCACUACAUUCUCUCCAAGAGAGCCAACAAGGCAGAGGUUGUCUAUGUUCAAGAGGUUAUUACCAAGAAAAAGACAAAAUAAGUAACUUUUUUUUUUAUUAAAGAAAAAAAAAAGUGAUUUAUAUGUGUAUAUAUAGAAUAUAUGUAUGUAUAUGUAUUUUUGUGUAUAAUGUAGUUCCGAUUCUUAGUAUCAGUAUCAGUAUUAGUAUUAUUCGUAUUGUUAUAUUUAUGCUCGAUAAUAAAAUAUAUAUAU